ACACAGAGGGAUCCCAUGUCACCAUUAGAUUAAGGAAUAAAUUGCAUGGAAAUACAGAUUUACAAAACAAAAACAUCGACAGAGGAAAAAAAGGGAGGGAAAAAAACGAACGGAAGAAAUAAGAGAGGCAGCUUAAGGAAUAACAUUUCUAGUCGUGCCCGGCAAGCUGCUUGUUCGGCAUAAAUAAUUUCAAACAGACCCCUCAGUCUGCAACUAAAGACCUGGUUACGGUCUUCUUAACCCUGGACAACGGGAACAGGUGAAGAUACAGAAGAAAGGAUGCUAAAACUGAGAAGAAAGGCAUAGACUGUUAAUGGAGUGAGUGCAUGAAGAUUAAACAAAUAGAGAGUGAGAGGUGUUUCCCCGCUGCACGUUUCGCUUGGUUGAAUAGACUGUUUCGUUUAGGGAAUAAAAGUAAAAGGUUAACACGAGCUUUGUUAAACAAUAGAAAUGCUUAUUUACCAAGCAAAUAUUUUUUUAUAUUAGACCUGUAACAUCUAUGUACAUAACGAGAAUAAUUUAUUUGAGGAACAAGGACAGCAAAGGUGCAACUUAGGUGAUAAAUUAUAUUUUUCGUAGGCUAGUCUUUUGUAUCACUAAAGGAACUGACCUACGCACUAUAGCACAGUUGCGUUGUUUUCAACUAGCAGGUGUUUUAGCAAGAAUAGGCUAUAUUGCAUUAUUCAUAACUGUAGCCAUUUUAUAGAGAACAAAAUCUUAGGUUUCUGCACAGUCGUUUGGACCUACGCCAAGAGGAUCCCUCCGUUCAAUCAGAAAACAUAGUAAAUUCCACGUAGCAUUUUUGUGCAGUUUGUGUGUUCAUGUGUGUGUGUUCAGUGACACGCACACUGCACGCACGCGAACAGAGCCAGACCCAAAGCGAGCUCCUCCUCCCCCCCUCCCCUGUCGGUUCUCUCUCCUCCUCUCCCUCCCCCUGCUCCUCUAUGCUCAGUUCGGUGUGUGUCUCCUCUUUCAAAGGGCGCAAGGGUGGGAACAAGUCGUCCAACAAAGUAUGUUACAGCGCAGACAUGACUUGUCCGUCAGACAGCGAGAAAAUAGUGAUAAACUGCGGGGGGAUUCGGCACGAGACGUACCGCAGCACACUGAAGACGCUGCCUGGGACGCGCUUGUCCUGGCUCACGGAGCCAGAUGCGUUCAGUAACUUUGACUAUGACCCCAAAUCCGACGAGUUCUUCUUUGACCGCCACCCCAACACCUUUGCUUUUAUCCUCAAUUAUUACCGCACAGGGAAGUUGCAUUGUCCCAACGAUGUCUGCGGUCCUCUCUUCGAGGAGGAGCUCGCGUUCUGGGGUAUCGACGAGACAGACGUGGAGGCUUGCUGCUGGAUGAACUACCGACAGCAUCGGGACGCCGAGGAAGCGCUGGACAGCUUCGAGACGCCCGAGCCGGACCCGCCAGAGGACGACCCGGCGCUAACGGGUGGUGCGGACGGGGACUUGAAGAGGUUGUGUCUACAGGAGGAUGGUCGCAACCCCAGCUGGUGGAGUACCUGGCAGCCGCGCAUCUGGGCGCUGUUUGAGGACCCCUACUCUUCCAAAUACGCCAGGUAUGUGGCGUUCGGCUCGCUCCUGUUCAUCCUCAUCUCCAUCUCAACAUUUUGCUUGGAGACACACGAAGCCUUCAACACCAUCUACAAUAAGACAGAGAACGUGACGGUGGGGAACGUCACGCGGGAGGAGGUUGUGUUUGAGGUAGUGACUGACAGGUGGCUGACCUACGUGGAGGGCGUAUGCGUCAUCUGGUUCACCAUCGAGGUGUUCGCCCGUGUCAUCUUCUGCCCGGACAAGGCCGAGUUCUUCAAGAGUUCGCUGAACAUCAUCGACUUUGUAGCCAUCCUGCCCUUUUACCUGGAGGUGGCGCUGAGCGGCCUCUCCUCUAAAGCGGCGAAAGAUGUGCUGGGCUUUUUGCGCGUGGUGCGAUUCGUCCGAAUCCUGCGAAUCUUCAAGCUCACGCGCCAUUUCGUGGGGCUGAGAGUGCUGGGUCACACGCUCCGUGCCAGCACCAAUGAAUUCUUGCUCCUCAUCAUUUUCCUCGCUCUGGGUGUGCUCAUCUUCGCCACCAUGAUCUACUACGCCGAGCGCAUCGGUGCCGACCCGGAAGACCCCACGGCAAGCGCCCACACCACCUUCAAAAACAUCCCCAUCGGCUUCUGGUGGGCAGUGGUCACCAUGACCACACUGGGCUAUGGAGACAUGUAUCCAGAGACAUGGUCUGGUAUGUUAGUGGGUGCCCUGUGCGCCCUGGCGGGCGUGCUGACCAUCGCCAUGCCUGUGCCCGUCAUUGUAAACAACUUCGGCAUGUACUACUCUCUGGCCAUGGCCAAGCAGAAGCUGCCCAAGAAGAAGAACAAGCACAUCCCGCGGGCUCCACAGCCUGGAUCGCCCAACUACUGCAAGCCAGAUGCCCUGGCUAUGGCCACUGCCUCGCCGCACAGGAUCAUGGGUAAUGUGCUGGGCAGUAUGGUGGUCUCUGGAAGCAUGGCAGGAGACUGUCCUCUUGCACAGGAGGAAAUCAUAGAGAUAAACAGAGCAGACUCCAAACAGAAUGGAGAUGCUGCAAACGCAGCUCUGGCUAAUGAGGACUGUCCCACCAUAGAUCAGGUGCUGGGGCCAGAUGACAGGAGUCCUGCCACCGGUGGGCUGGGGACAUGCACGGGGCGUGAGCGUUACCCCCACGAUAGGGCCUGCUUCCUUCUCAGUACCGGAGAGUUCCGCACCACAGACAGCAAUGUCAGGAAAGGUUGUGUCGUGUCAUGCGUUUCUGCUGGCUACGAGAAGUCCCGCAGCCUCAAUAACAUCUCGGGGAUGACAGGGGCCCCUCUGCGCCUGACCCCCAUCACCCCCAUCAACAACCCACCCUAUGAGCCCUACGAAUCCCCCGGCCCCCUACGCCGCUGCCGAUCCCCCAUCCCCUCCAUUCUGUAGCACAUCUUAGGGAACGACGUCGAAAUAAGCGGAAAAAAGACACUCAUGCACCAUCAUACCGCAAUAGUAUUAAUAAUCACAAUAACAAUGUUAAGUACUCACACCUCCACUCCUCCAUUGACUGGACAGGGUGGGGGUACCCAGCACUCUUUUUAAUAUGUCAUGCCUCAAAGGGAAUGGGAUGAAUUUGUUUAGGGAUUUAGAGCUUUAAGUACUAAAAUGACUUCAUCGCAUAUACUUCAGGCAAUAUUUCAGACAGGCAACUAAAACAAUUAUAUGCUGUGACAUCAGCAGAUUAUGCCUUAUUAUCGAAGAUAAAUAAUAAUAAUAAAAAGAAGCACUGAAUAUUACUAGGAUAAAACUCCUCACUGGUCUAUAGACAGCGAUGAGCACCCUGUAGGAAAUCUACCCCUGUAGCUGAAUGAUAGUAGUUGGCUUUUCCUCAUGUUCCCGCCUGAUUGCUGGUUGUAUAAAAAACGAGACUGUGAUCCAGCAGGCUUAAUCAUUGAGUACUAGUCGUUGAGAUCAGCUUUGAUACACCAUAAUAGGCCUUGAAAAUCCACUUCAUAUCAAAGCUUGGAAUGAUAAAGGUCAUAGGUCAACAUGCAAGUAGUUCAAGCGCAUGCUAGAAAAGAUGUCAGUUAGGCAAGUAGAAUAUACUAAACUCCCAAUCCCCUUUAACUGCUAUGAGGAUAUGAAAAUAAACGCACCGUAUGCUGGACUGAUUUGAACUUAUAAUUAAGCCCUGUGGUAGAGAAUUAAUGGAUCGUUUUGGCUGAUUUGACUGUGAUGGAGUUUUUGGUGAUUCAGGCCAUAGAACAUGAUGAGUAUUACGAUUACGAUAAACACAAGGACCAUCUUUAAUCACACUCUGAGCAUUUCCCCUCUGAGCAACUUUUGUUGUCACUCGAUAUUUUAACAUAUAAUUCACACCGCUAUUAUAAUUAUGCUCUUUAUUUAGGACAAAGAAAAAUGCUUAAACCAUUCUUGUGCAAUAUCGACUAUUAUGGUGACCUCUGACCCUGAGAAGCUGGAGAUGAAUCCUGCGAACUUUACUAUGUGCAACUAUUAACUUUAACAACUAACAGAGAGACCGAGAACUGAUCAUUAUUUAAAAAGAGGCUAUUUUUGUACUAAGCACUUGGACAUUGCGAUUCGGAUCGGGGUUUGGAGUUGCGCGGGCGGCUUUGAGUUGACAUUUUGGGAGGACAGGAUAUCGUGCUGUUGCAUGGAGAUCUACAAUUAACGUUUUGGUUUUUGUAUUUUGACUCUCUGCAUAUUCAACACCAAGUACCACGAAAUGAAAAGAGCAGUGGUCUGGACAAAUGGCGAAAAAAAAAAAAAAAAAAUGAUGAUAAUAAUGAGGAGGAGCCAUUCCUGUUAAGGGCCUAUAACCUUCUGCACUUUUUCGGGACCCUUUUUAAUUUGUAUACUAGUGCAUGAAGGAACUGUCUUUAAAAUAUAUCCUUUCCUUAUUAUGGUAUUUCCUCAUUAAUAUGAAGACAUAUCAAGCUGAACUGCACUCCUCACUGCAUAUCCACAUAUCCUGGGGCUGUGGUGAACCAGACAGUGGCCUCAGAGUUUCCCCACUAAAGGGCAAGAAUUAGCUGGACGUUUUCAUCCUCCUCCUCAUCAUCAUCCUCAUCAUCACUGGCAUUACCUUCCCUCACCAUAAUCAUUUUCUGAUUACUGUUAUUCCUCUGAUUUGAAUGCAGUAGAAAAUCAGUUCAGUUUGUUUUCUCUUUGGUCCCCUUCUUUUCUUUCUCUGUUUCUUUUUUUCUUUUUUCUUUUGUUUACCUGCUCUGUCUCUUGGAUGCUGGCCUUCGUUCCAAUAUAAAGGAGGGAACAUUGAGUGGAUGCUGGAUUGACAGCGGUCAGUAAGAGAAGAAAAAGAAAAGAUGACAAAAUGAACUCUCUGAAACGCAGAUAUAUGAGCCAUUUGUGUCGAUCUGCUGCAUAUUUCAGUGCACAGAUGCAAUACACACCUCUGGUGAAGAUAUCUCUGCAAUGGCAGCUCACAAAGCUUCUUGUUGUCUUUUUCUCCAUGUGAAACAACAGACAACCUGGGGUAUAAAUGACUAAACUUGAUCAGAAAUCAAAGUAGCAUUAUAUAUUUAGAUGAUUUUAUUGUCUUGCAAUUGAAAUAUUUUACAUACCCAUAUUUAAUCAUUUAUUAAUUUACUUCAAAUCAUCUGUAAUCAUUCUUCUGAAUUAAGCAAUGUUUUUUAUUUUAGAAUUGAUUUAUUUAUUUGCAUUUAGGUUUUUUAUUUUCAUGUCUUUUUGCUAUUGCCACAUUACUUGUUACAGUCCUCUUUCCCUCCUCUCUUCUUUCCUGUUUAAAGAAGUUCACUGCUAGAGUGAAGGAAGUCACAGAGGUUGUUGAUUACAUGGAGCAUCUGCAUGCCAGCAGCAAACUAAUGUGUGACACUGUGCUUUAAUGAGUAAAACACCAAUCACCGGUCGUCUGCAUGUGCGCUGCACUGCUUUAUGUACAUGCCUCAUAUACAUUGUAGGCCUCAGGACAGUGAGCGAGGGCCAUCUGACGGAUGUAUGCUAUGCCACAUGUGUGCUUGGUGUAACUGGAGUGUUUAAGCGUUUUAGGGAGAUUCUCAGAUCAGUGUUAUGAGUGAUAAUUAUGUAUUUAUUUAUUUUUUCGGUUUGAACUAGCAGGUUAUUUAGCCAUUUAAAGACAAAAUACAGUAACUACACCACACGAUUUACUUUGAAUCUGAGCAUAGUUGAGUCAAACCCAUCCAACAAACAACAGAUUAUUGUCUUAAGAGAGCUGAUUUUGCUCAUUUAUUUUGCAUUUACUGUGUUUUGUCUUUGCAUGGCGGUGAGGCAAAUUAUCUAACGUAGAUCUUUAAUUCCUUUAAUAGGUGUAUAUUAAAAAUGUAUGUAACAAGGUACCUUGUAAAACAAACAAAUGCAAGUGUGCAUUAUUUAUAAUCUUAAAUUCAGACAAAUGACCUGGUACGUUUAGAGGGAGAGAAAGAGGAAGACUAAAAUGCCGGUAUGAUUCAAGUCCAGCCAAAACACUGUUUUAUUUCUCAGCUUGUGUCUCCUCCAUGUCCUUCUCCUCCUCUUCAUCUCUCUUUUCAUUUCCUUUCUGUGUUUUUAAAUGCUCUGUAUGAGGGUGUAUAGUUCAGGUCUUAAUGAGAUGUACAGUUUUGAAGGUUGACUUUGUAAUUUCCACAUGCAUGGAUUUCUAUUGCGAGCAAUAAGGAAAUUAUAAGUCUGUGUGUUUUGAUAAGAAAAUGUAUUUUAACAGAGGUUUAUGUACAUGUUUGUUGAUACGAGUGUGUACAUAUGGAUGUGUAUAUUCAUAUGCACAUGCAUAUUAAUGAUUUGCAUGAAACAAAUGUACAAACUUUUUUCCAUUGAUGUUUUGUUACCAAUCUGUCAUUUUUGACUUGAUUGCUGUUGGGGGGGGGCUUAGUUUUGCAUGCUAAGAUGCUAUUGGUUGGCAGAGACCAUUACAACUGUUCUAUUGAAUGUGGGGUUUUGAAUGUGCUUUAACUACCUGUUUAAGUUUUCUUUUCAUUGUUAGACAUCAAAAGCAUUGCAGAUUGUCAUUUUAUGAUUUAUUCUUUUUCAUCUUUUCACAGAGAACUAUUCUGAAAGCCCAGUGCUUAUCAGAUAUAUGCAAAAAGAAGCAGUAACUGUGAACUAAGACUAGAACAGAAAAUCCACUUCUUCCUUCACAAAUACAUUCCCAAACGAACACCUGAGCCCCCAAACCAGUAUCAGCUCCCAUACAAGUGCAUUUUAGUUUGUAUUCUCAUCUCAUGGCAUCACCAAUCUUGUUUAAUCAUCUUAGUUUUGCAUUUUUAAAGUGCAGAUUAGUGUUCUCUUCCCCCUUGCUGUUGUGUGAACCUCAGCUGUAGCCCCCUCUGCUGGUUUUACGGGGGAUGACGUAGCAUUCGCUGUUGUAGAUCAUUAGCACUCUUUUGUCACUUUAGAGGCUAAGAAUACCUAAUUUUAGCCCUUAAUGUUUACCUGUUAUAUUUAAGAUUAAAGAAAAGAAUCUUUAGGCAUUUAUUUGAACAGACUCGGACCAGAAGUGAUUUCCUGUUCACUAAACACUGAUCAGAGCAGAGAGAAAGAAGCUAAUGCUAAGAAGUCUGCUCACUGCAGCGAUGCAUGUUUCCACACAUUCAAGAUAGCUAGCACUUAGCAUCCCUAGUGCAUUUUGUGGUUUUGCUGUGUGUAGUCUAUCUGUUAAGGCGUAGUCAGGGUCAACAGAGCGGAUGGGAUGGCUCCAAUUUUAUCCCUUUAUCUCAGUUCUGAGGUUACAAUGUGGAAGAGACAGGCCUGCCACUAGUUAGCUUAGUUAGCAAAUGCCCUGGUAAGCAGAGGCUGCAUGUGAUCACGGAGGACAGUGUAAAUAAUGCUCUGCAUGUGGAGUUAACAGCACAGAAACUAUCGUUUGAUUCAAAUGAGGCAUUCGAAAUGGGGAGAGCAGGUCGAGUUCAAACGAUUUAGCGACAUUAUCCAGAAUCCUCUCUGUUUCUGACUUACGCUCCCCUGUCACUACUCAGGUAAAUCUCUUUAUGUUCGUCUAUACCAGUGCUUCCAAAAUGAUGUCAUUCGAAACAAAGAGAGAGGCAGAUGAGAACACCCCGUGUACGCAUGCAUCUGUGUAAAUAUGAAAUAAUCAUGUUUGAUCCCAACAUUCAUUCCAAGUCUUCCUUUUCCACAGUGUCCUUCACGCGCUUCAUUUCAUCAUUUCAUCCGUCACUUUCAUUUAUUCCCAACUCUUACUGCUUCCAAAUAACAACCAAAAAACCCGGAUGACAUAAUGAGAAACUGAGGAAAAAUAAUGAGUGAUUUGUUUUAAAAAAAGAACUUUUCAAAGAUGGUCUGCCAUAAGUGGAUUACAAAAAAAAAACAAAAAAACCUGUAUAUGGAAUCAGGACGCAACCAAAUUCAGGAGAUGAAAGCAUGAGGGUCAGAUGGACAGAUUGUGUGUUUGGGGAACAGAGUUUUGGGAGGAUUGUCAACAAAUGAAGAAAGGCAUCGUGAAAUGGAGGACAGUUUGGGGAAGAAAGAAAAAAAGCAAAGAGAGGAGGAAGGGAGCUGAACGCUUCUCAGUUGCUGAGCUUCUGAACUGCCCCUUUUCUAAAGCUCCCCUACCGCAAAACCUGUCCAGAGGCAACCCCCAGGGUCACCGCAGGAUUAGAGACGGCGAAAGAGAGAAAAAGAGAGAUGAAAGGAGUGCUUCGCUAAACCAACUUGAAGAAAGCAUUGUAUAACGCUCAUCUCUCCAUUACUAAUUUUAACCCCCAACGUAGGUGCAAUAAACUGACAAUAUCACGUCCUGGGAGGAUGUGGAACACAUUCUUCCUACAGGGAUCGCUGGCCUUGGAAAACGGGUGGGAUUCAGCAUACAAACUGUAGUAUGUCCUGGCUCGACCUGGUGGAAAUGGAUGCAAUUUUAAAGUGAUGGGAACUAUUUUUGUGGGGCGUUCCACCAUGAUAAAUGCACCUGAAAGUGGACAAAAAAACCCUCGAUCCAGUCUCAAAUACACAUAAAGUGUGGAAAAACACCCAUCAUUCCCUUCAACGCUAUGCAAUUCAAACACACGUUGACAGUCAAUUUCAUCAAACGCUUCAAUCGAACAGUUUAUCAGCCAAACCUUUUCCGCUCCUUUACCUUUUGGAGAUCUUGCACGUGCUUUAAAUGAAAAUAGACAGCGGUGCCAUCGGCCUGCCAUAUUCCUAUAUCGUACUGUUUCCCCAUUCAUCCAAUUGGAAAUCUUGUUCAGAGUGUCCUUCUCAGGGCUCACAGAAAGGUGACUUUGUCCACUAUGAAGAAAAGAGCGUUAGCCUCUCUCUUUUCUCUCUCUCUUAGUUCAGCUCUCUGCAUCUCAGCAUUUCUGUUCCACUGUAGAUGAACUGCAUGGCAUGAAUGAAAAAACAAAACAAAAAAAAAACAAACAAAAACAAAACAGAGAGAAAGAUGGUAGAGAUCAUGCUGAGAGGAACAAGAGGAAACCGUAGAUGGGACCGCUCUGUUUGCACAGUACAAUAUGGGUGACUCUGGAUCAGUGGAUGGGGUCACUUUCUUCAACUUCAUGUGGGGAACAGAAAAUACAACAUAAGUGCAUGAUACCUGUUGAAGGACGGAGGGGUUUUUAAGUGGACUGGGUGAACUUUGAACAAAAGCUGAAAAAAAAGAGAAAAUUAAAAAAUGCAUUUUUCUCACUUUGUUUACCAGCAUGACUAAACUGCAUGACUUCUGCAAGCCCUGAACCCCAAAUUAGAGGGCUUGAAAUCACUAAACGCCGAAAUCAAAUGGAAACAAUAAAAGUUUAUGCUAAAUGCUACUAAAUUUAGAAGAAAAAAAAAGAAUAUAUUUAAAAAAAGAGAGGCUCUAUAUUUUGUUUUUGAAUAUAAAAAAAAAAAGAAUAAUGUAAAAAUAUAUAGGAUUGCAAGAUUCACAGAGUUUUGUUGGGUAAAAGAUUAACAAACCCCACUGAGUCUAGCUGAAUGAUGAGACGAACUCCUUCAACUACUACUGCUCCCUCAAUGGCUUCAAGUGACAUUUCUUCCCUUCUCUUUGUCCGCCGUUUCACCCUUUACUUGAACUUUCCUGGCUCUCUGCUCUGCCCUUCACAGUCUCCCUCAGUCAUGGCAGCCUCCAGCAGUGGCACGACAGCUCCUCUGGAGACCUCCGACACCUACAGGGCUCUUUUCUUUUGACGGUUAUGGGUCUGAAGAGCAAGGUGGAAGGGGAUUUUAAGGCUGUGGGUGAAGUUUUCUUUUUAAGUUGAGUCCUGAUGGAAAGUCUUGGCUUGAUUUGCGAUGCUUGUUCUUUUUAUUUCAUCCACAUUCCGUGGGUAAAUCAAAGCUUUAUCCAUUGAAAGUGAGCCUGCAUCCACUUAAUAUCAAUCUAAUGAAUAUAUUAGCGUUGUGUGAACUGCUGUGUCAUGAGAUCCUGAGCACUUACAUCGCAAAGCACUAUUAUUCAAUCAGGAAGCCAUAAUGUGAGAGUAGCGCCACCAUAUGAGCUCAAAGGUGCUCAGGAGAUUCAGAAACCUGACCAUGGUUUUGUAGUUGUGUUGAGUUUGUUUAAAAUGUUGACAUUUUAUUCUGUAGUUUCUUUUUCUGGUGGUACAGAGCAUUGCAAGGUUUUGACAAGAUUUAAUAUUUGUUUGAUUUUGAAAGUUUCAAGAUUUGCAUAUGCUGAGCACCCACUAAAACCAGCCAUGCCAUACCAAAAUGGACUUCCUUAAUAACUUAGCAGCAGAUUUCUGAUAUUAGCAUCAGUAUUAGCAUUAUCCUGUGUGAGAGGAGGCCAUGAUUCCACCAGUGUCGCUUUUAAAUCAUAGAUUACACGUGUGAGUAACUGUUUGACUGUUUGUUUAAAACUUUUGCUGUCUUCGACAAGAUACGAAGCAUUGGAUACUUUACAAAAGUUGGUUAGUCUGGUUAGGUGUUGUUUACGUUGAUUUAAAGUGUCAUUUGCUGUCUUGAAACGCCAUGACUGUGUUCUGUCAGCGCUCAACGUUCAGAAUCAGAUGUUAGUUUAGUUUAGUAACUACCUAUGCAACACCUAAGCAAGACCUUUGCAGCUCACACACACACGCACACGCACACACACACACACACACACACACACAUACAUGCCAUGUGCUCAGGCCAGCUGGCUGGUGUCUGUUUACCGGUGCUGUGUGUCCAGGGAGGGAAAACGACACAGAUGCAGCUCCAUCACCACAAGAGCCAGCAUUAUCUGCUGACUGUGUAGUUUUACUUCAUACGUUAGCAGCUGGUCCGAGUAGCUUGAAGGUGCGACAGACGUGUGCAGCUGUAGUAGCUAUGUCACUUUCCUUAGUGGUGCACUGAAUUCCCUCUCUCUUCUCGAUUAAUACGUCAGGCCUGUUUUAUGUUAUUCUUUUCUGCGUGCUUCACGGUGCAGGAAGACACUCAUGCACUUUUCGAGUUAACAUAUACAUUUAUAUGUAAGCAUAUACUCAUCUCAGAGGGUUUGUAGGACAUCUAACUUGUUUUAUAUGUGGUACUCAGUUCCAGAUUGCAUUUGCUGACUGGUUAAGAUGAUGUGUACCUCUCUGGUCGUUCAUAAAUCCGAUUGGAUGGUGUUUUGGAGCAAUAAUGAUGGAGGGACACCUUUUCCUCAUUGUCGUCAUUAGGAAUUGGGGGACAUGUUCAUCUCAUCCCUAAUAAGAAAUCCAGUGUGCCUGAAACUGUUCCCUGAAUGUGUACGCAAACCGGCCACAUCAAUUGAAGAUGCUCUCUCUGCGAAUGCUUCCCAUGAGGGUUUGUCUUAGCGUGAAUGAGACCGCAACCCCUCCAGAUGGCUGACAGCUCAACAUACCUUUACUUGAAACCCAAAUACAAAACAUAUCAGAGAGGAGCAGAACAUAGCCAGAAUCAGUCUUCACGCUUUCCUGUUUGCAUCCACCUUCCCCUCUCAUCUGUUCCCUCUCCUUCUCUAUUUUUGAGGAAGAAGCUUUUUUGCAUCCCUUGUUCUUGUGUUUUUCAAUCAUAUUGUUUGAAGUUGACUUGUAUUGCAUGCAUGGAAUACAAUGAGGACAUAACUUGUGAAUAAUUUGUGAAUGGCCAGAAUGAGGUAACCAUCUCUUUCACCUGGGCUCUCUACUCUACGACUUCUCUUUCUGAGAUAAUUAGAGAGGAAGAAAGAGCAUAUGUUGUUUCUGGUUUCCCGCGCAUCCCUUUUUCUUCAAAAUGUAGCCAUGCCAAAUAUAAGUUAUGGCUAUACGCUAGCCAUUCCGAAAGACUCUGUGCUUCAUUUACAUAUUUAUAUAUUGUUUUUAAGAUGAUAUUUAUCUGUAUAUAUCUGUAGUGAAUAUUCAUCAGAGCUUCCACAGACUCAGAGCUGAACAGAUGCAGCAGAUGUCGCCAAAACAGCCUGCAGGAACUCAGUUUUCACUGCAUGUGUCUGUGCAUUUAUUCUAGUAUAGUUUGACCCAAUAUGCACUACCUGUCCUUUUCUACUUUAGUUACUUAAUGUAGCUUGUUUAAAGGGGGAAUUCAUUGCACUAUCACAGCUAAUGGAGCUGCUGUGUCUACUGCUGAGCGCAAGCCUAACCAUACACCCCCCUAAGUUAAGAAACAGGGACAGAGAGAAAGAGAGAGAGAGUUAGAAAGAGAGGCCAGUGAGAAAGAGAAGGUUCCUAAAAGAAAUGGAUGAGUUCUAUGCUACUAAGAUUGAUGCUGGAUACAAUUUUAUUGUCAUACAAAAAAAAGGGAAAAAAAUAUAUCAAGAACUGUAUAAAAUAUAUUUCAAUGGAAUGUUUAUUAUUUACCUUUUAUAUUUUUGAAAUGUAUAAAGAAAAAAAUUAAUAAACUGUAAUAAUUUAACAGAGUUUGUCAACACUGAGACUUAAAAAUGUUAUAUUACUAAAAGUAUGGAAGUUUGAACGUGAAUGCUAACCUACCUGAUCAAAUCUUCUCCAUUACAGAUAGGAAAAAAAUAAAAACAAUUAGAAAAAUGAAAUCCAAUUUAAAAAGAAAAAGUUAUCAAAAAGUCAAUAAAAAUGUUAAAAGCUCAUGCCAAAAUUUUCAA